AGGAGCGGCCGACCCGCAAAGCCGCGUGGUGUCACCGUCUCCUGAAAAACUCUCCGACGCCCAACUUGAAAGACAUUUCUCUACCUCUUCGGGACCCAAGACGGCCUGUGGCUCCUGGCUCAAGCGUCUAAGCGUAUGGCCUGUGCCUCCGACAUUCGGGUGACUGGGGAAUGUAAACAAGAAUAAGCUGUUUGUCUCCUGAUGGCUUUUGCUGUAUACUGACGUAUUAUUUGUGAUGGCAUCUGAGGCUGAGAAGACCCAUGCUUUACUCCAGUCUUGUAGCACUGAAUCUCUUUUUUCCAGCCUCGGUCUGGGAAUAUUUUGCCUAGUAGCUGACAGACUUCUUCAGUUUUCAAUCAUUCAGCAAAAUGACUGGCUUCGAGCCCUCUCAGAUAAUGCAGUGCAUUGCGUGAUUGGCAUGUGGUUGUGGGCAAUUGUCAUUGGAGUCAAGAAGACAACUGACUUUGGAGAAAUCAUUUUAGCUGGAUUUUUAGCCUCUGUUAUUGAUGUAGACCACUUUUUUCUAGCUGGAUCUUUAUCUUUAAAGGCUGCUUUGACUCUUCCACGAAGACCUUUUCUUCACUGUUCUACCGUGAUACCUGUCGUGGCUCUGACCUUGAAGUUUACUAUGCACCUCUUCAAGCUCAAAGACUCAUGGUGCUUUCUCCCCUGGAUGUUAUUUAUAUCCUGGACCUCACAUCAUAUCCGAGAUGGAAUUCGUCACGGCUUGUGGAUAUGCCCAUUUGGAAAAACUUCUCCUUUGCCAUUCUGGCUUUAUGUCAUAAUCACAUCCUCUUUACCUCAUAUCUGUUCAUUUGUUAUGUAUUUAACAGGGACCAGGCAAAUGAUGUCUGCAAAACAUGGAAUUCAGAUUGACGUCUGAAGUAACUGUAUGCCACUCUGAGAGAAGGAAAUGGUUCAGACGAUAAUUAAGGGUAGCUGACAUUAUAAAUUAAAAAAUAUAUAUUAAUUAUUAUAAUUCCUGAAUCCUCUUGCUCAGGAGGCAUGCACCCUUUUUUAAAUAUAUAUAUAUAUAUAUAUAUAUAUAUAUAUAUAUUUGUUAUAAUUUUACUUCUCUCUUCUAUAAUACACUAGUACAAUAUUAGAGUUUCAUUUAUUCCAUGACAUAUUUUUAUUGUGUCUUCUGUUUAUCUGGCUUUACCAAUAGCUCUAGUAGACUAACAUCCAGUUACAUUUUCUGGAGGUAUACAUUUAAGGCAGUCCACUUCAGGAUGAAAAACAGAUCAAAUUGUAGGGUGCCUAAUUUGAAGGCAUUUGUGUCCACAUUUUCCUGAGAUACUGAAACAGUGAAAGAGCCAGAAUAAAUGAGAUCCUGAAUAAGACGUAUGGUGACCACUAAGAUUUCUUCAUUUUCCUCUAUGUUGAACCUGAGUGAAGUUUGAUUUGCCAGGUACUUUAGUGAGUUGUGAUUACUGGUGGAAUCUGUGCCAGUACACUUGUAAGAAAUCAUCAUAUUCAUAAAAGAUAGUAACUAAUAUUAGAUCUAGAUUAUUGUUUCAGGAAUCACUUUAGGAAAUAAUUAUUGUAAUGUGUUGCCUGUAGUAACAUUACUCAAGUAUUAUUUUUUUUAAAGUUCAUCUAUUUAUUCUGAGAGAGAGAGUGUGUUCAUGAAUGGGG